CUGCCCGUACCAAAAGAUUUCAGCGCAUCGGUUCUCAAUUGCACAACUAUCCACCUGACCUGGAAGGCACCAAAUAUUUCACAGCCAUGGGGACGCCAGUAUCUGCUCACUAUCUUCAAUAUGACCUCCUUCAAGAUCCAUAAGCUGGGCAAGACAGAUAUGACACUCACCAACCUGCAGCCAUCUUCCAUUUACAAUUUCACUCUGCAGGCGAUUGACAAGAAUGCAAAGCCUUUCCGCAAUGCAGCAUUCAUGACCUCUAAGACGUCAGCCUGUGGUAAGUUGAAGUUGACAGUACUGUGCAGCACUUCGCGCUACAGGCAGUGUUUUCUGGCUGAGACGCGACCCCAUUAG